GGGCGGGCGGGAGGAGCGCACCGCGCUGCUGGGGCUGCUGCCGAGCGUGAGGGACGGGACGGGGCCCGGGCAGGGGCACCAUGGCCCAGGCCGUGUGGGGCUACGACAGCGACAACGGACCCGAGCGCUGGCAUGAAAACUACCCUCUGGCCAAGGGAGACAAGCAGUCGCCCAUUGAGAUCAACAGCAAGGACGUGAAGCACGACAGUUCUCUCUCCUCUUGGCAUGCCAGUUACGAUCCCGGGGCAGCGAAAACCAUCCUAAACAACGGGCGCACCUGCCGAGUCGUCUUUGAUGACACUUUUGAUCGAUCAGUGCUGAGAGGUGGGCCACUCACAGGAGCCUACAGGCUGCGUCAGCUUCACCUGCACUGGGGUUCCUCUGAUGACCAUGGCUCUGAACAUGUUAUAGAUGGGGUGAAAUAUGCAGCAGAGUUACAUAUGGUGCACUGGAAUCCAAAACAUGGUAAUUUUGCUGGAGCUUUAAAACAACCUGAUGGUGUGGCUGUUGUGGGCAUUUUUCUGAAAGUUGGAAAUACUCCCAAACCAGAGAUGAAGAGAAUUCUUGAAGAAAUUGAUAACAUUAAGACCAAGGGGAAAGAGGCUCCUUUUCAGCACUUUGAUCCUUCAAUUCUUUUCCCCAAAUCUCGAGACUACUGGACCUACCAUGGCUCUUUCACUACACCCCCCUGUGAGGAGUGCAUCACUUGGAUUCUCUUGAGGGAGCCAAUUGAAGUCAGCGCAGAUCAGAUGGCAAAGCUCCGUAGCCUUUCCAAGAAUCCUGAGAACGAACCUGUGAAUCCACUAGUUGAUAACUGGCGCCCACCUCAGCCUGUGAAGGGCAGAAUAGUGAGAGCCUCAUUCAAGUGAAGUCUCAAGGCUCACUCUGCUCAACCUGAGUGGGAAAACCCCUGCAUCCCAAAGUGUAGUUAGUUUUUGCUGUCUACUGCUUUUCCUCUGGAUCCAGAUCUGUUUCUCAGCUUGAAAUUCUGAGUGGUAAAACUGAAUCUGAUUUUGCAAGCAGAAAAAAUACUGCAUGCAAAUGCUAACCUUAAUAAGGAAGUGCAAGAGAUACAUGAUUCUUGACCACAAAUGCUGAGUUAUUUGUGAUGGUGUCCCUUCUCUGCCAUGUGGUCUUGGAAGAACAAUGGGCUCAGUUUCAAUAUCUAAAAUUAACUUCAAAGGAAAUGUAGUAAAGGCAGAAAAAUGAACCAAUAGUUCAGAAAAGCAGAAAUAACAGUGAAUGAACAGGAGGAAAAAUGCUUGCUUCUAAAGCAUCUCUAGCAACGAUCUUCCUCAGAUAUCCCACCUCUAGUGCAAACAUCCAAAGGGUAAUUUCCUCUUGAACAUACCAGAUUUCUCCUUCCCUCUCCUGUUCACAGUUUGCUAUCCAUUACAUUAGUAUUCUGAUACAAUCAGGCGUAUUCAGCUUCUGUGUGUGAAGAAGAAAAGAUACCUUGCUGUCAUUUCAGCAUUUACUGU